AUGGCGUCCGAUGAAAAGGCUGCCGCCGAUGGCGUCCCUCGUGUCCUCUUGAUUGACUGCGAGAAGGAGGAAUGUGAUGAGCAGCAGGACCAUGACCGCAUCAAGGCCACUGCCCGCAUCAUCCAAGGCGCUAAGACGGCAACGGAGAAGGAACACAAGAUGACUCUACUUCAGGGAAUACGUCUGUACCCAAAGGCUAUCGCCUGGAGCGUCCUGAUCUCGACUUGCAUUGUCAUGGAAGGCUACGACGUCUGUCUGAUCAACAACUUCUAUGCCUUCCCCCAGUUCAACCGAAAAUACGGGGAGCAGCUCCCAAACUCUGAUGACUGGGAAGUUCCCGCUCGAUGGCAAGCUGGGCUCAGUAAUGGCGCCAACGUUGGCGAACUAAUUGGCCUGCUAAUAAACGGUUGGGUCUCAGAGCGCUUCGGGUAUCGAUGGACGGUUAUAGCAUGCUUGAUGCUCAUCAAUGCCUGGACUGCCCUUUUCUUCACUGCUAAAAAUAUUCAGACCUUGCUGGCUGCUGAAAUUCUCUGCGGUAUUCCCUGGGGCGUGUUUCAAACCCUUACUGUCACCUACGCUUCCGAGGUGUGCCCCGUUGCCAUGCGCGGCUACCUGACAACCUAUGUCAACUUUUGCUGGGGUCUCGGUCAGCUCAUUGGCAUCGGUGUUAUUAUGUCCAUGCUAGACAAACACAACGAGUGGGCUUAUCGCAUUCCAUACGCCCUGCAAUGGAUGUGGCCCCUUCCUCUUGCCAUCGGCAUCUUCUUUGCACCGGAGUCUCCAUGGUGGCUUGUUCGGAAGGGGAAACUGACCCAGGCGAGGACCGCGCUACUCCGCCUGACCAGCUUAAGCCGCGAGGCCAAUUUUGACCCAGACGAGACGCUGGAUAUGAUGGUCCAUACUACAGCCCUAGAAGAGAAGACGACGAGUGGCGCGAGCUAUUGGGAUUGCUUCAAGGGCAAUGAUUUGAGACGGACAGAGAUCGUUUGUAUGGUCUGGGCCAUCCAGAACCUGAGCGGCAAUUCUUUCUCCAACUACUCAACAUACUUUCUCAAGCAGGCUGGUCUUAGCGAAAACAGCGCCUAUGGGUUUGCUCUGGGCCAGUAUGGUAUGAACAUGGUCGGCGUAUUUGGGGCUUGGUUCAUGAUGAGCCGCGGUAUCGGUCGCCGAUCUCUCUAUCUCUACGGGUUAUGUGGUCUUUGCACCAUGCUGUUCAUUCUUGGGUUUUUGGGACUUGUUCCCGAGACACACCGGAGAGAAGGCUCCAUUGCCACCGGAAGCAUCAUGCUAUGUUGGGCAUUGGUGUAUCAACUGACUGUGGGCACUGUCUGUUACUCGCUCGUAAGCGAGAUCUCGACGCGCCGUUUGCAGAUCAAGACAGUCGCUCUCGGACGUGUGCUCUACAUCAUUGUUGGUAUAAUUUGCAGCGUUUUGACCCCGUACAUGCUAAACCCAGGAGCAUGGGGCUGGAGUAACUUCACCGGCUUCUUUUGGGGUGGCAUCUGCUUCCUCUGCAUCAUCUACACAUACUUCCGAGUCCCUGAGCCAUCUGGACGAUCCUUUGCCGAGAUGGAUGUCCUAUUUCAGCGGGGCGUCAGCGCACGCAAGUUCGCUACCACGAAAGUUGAUGUGUUCGAGGAAGAUGUUGACAGGAACCUCAUCGAGAUUUACCGCGAACACUCCAAGAUGAAGACACAGGAACAGCUGAGCUAG